AUGGUUGAUACGGGGGCUACUACAUCCUUCAUUUCACAAGCUGAACUUGACAAUAUUAUGCAUCCGCCAAUUCAAACAUCGGCGACACUUGGUGAUGGGCGAACCAAUAUUAUGGUCAAUGGUACAGUUGAAUUAAGUGUCACUAUCAAUGAUAUUACCACUGUCAUUACAGCCCUUAUUGUCGCUUCAUUAGGCGCUAAGUUAGUUCUUGUGUCACCACCGAAAUGUUCAAUUGCCGUGGAGAAAAUUGAAUUUUUAAGCCACAUCAUUACAGGUGGCAAAGUAGAACCAUCACCAGACAAGGUCAAAGCAAUUGUUGAUAUUGCCUCAUCAAAGACACUCUCACAAGCUAACAAAUUUAUUGGUAAAGUUGGCUAUUAUCGUAAAUUUAUUCGAGAUUUUGCAAAAAUUGCGGCACCUAUUCACAAGAUCUGCUACUACAAAUCACCAUUACUUAACGAUACUGAACGUCGAUAUCCAGUCACAGAACGGGAAGCUUUAGCAAUUUAUUGGUGUCUCACUGAAUUAAGAAAUUAUAUCGGAGAUUCCGAGAUCAUCAUCAAAACAAACCACAAACCACUUGUCAAUAUGCAUAAGAAGAAAAAUUAUGGAAACAAAAGGAUAGAUAAUUGGUUGACACAUUUACAAGAUCUAAUACCACAAAUUAUUGAGAUUCAAUAUCGACGUGGCAUUGACAAUAUCGGACCCGAUUAUCUUACUCGAUAUGAAACAAUCGGUACGGAUAAUCAACAACAGUCGCUUUCCGGCAUCACUCGAUCAAUGACAAAACAGGUAUCUCCAAGUGCUUCAUUACCACCAACAGUGACAGAACAAAGCCCCAUCACAACACCACCUCUAAGUACAUCCACACCAAUUGCAGAUUUUAGUUUGGAAAAGAUCAAAACUGAACAAGAUAAUGAUACCGAUAUUCAGCUCAUUAUUUCACAUAUUCAUGCUCAAAAGGAAAUGGACAACUUUGUUCCAUACUUACCUGCAUCAAUGCUCAACAUCGCACUCAAAGCAUUUCACGAUCAUCCAAUGAGUGGGCAUUUUGAAGUACACGGACAUUAUAUCUGGUUCUGGUGGCCCAAUAUGCGCCAAUCAAUUGAGCAUUACAUAUCAUCUUGUCAACAAUGUAUGAAAUUCAACAUCCUAAGCAGUAAAACACCAGGUCAUCUUAAAUCGUUUGAUCCACCAACAGAUGUAUUUCAGUCAGUUACAGCCGGCUGUGCAGCGGCGUAUCUGAUCACAAUUCAUGUAUAUUACUACAAUAAUGCAUCAUUAUCAUCACCAAUGGCGAUUGAAGGCGAUGUAAUGGGAAAAGUUAGUAUCUAUGAGUGGUUGAAGACGAGAAGCAGCGAUGAAAAACACGAUGGUGAAGGUGUGACACGAAGAGCAAUGAGAGGGGUUAGAGGUGGAACGUGA